AUGUUGUCUCCGGGGCAGAUCAGAUGCUGCUUGGGGCCACUGGUGCUACUGGCCCUUGUCUCCCAUUUCCCCGGUAAAGCCAAGGGUCAAGUUCCAGCUCCGAGGCGGUUGCGCUUCAAAGUGCUGGGCUCAAACAAACUCCAUGUCUCAUGGAAGGAGCCCAAAGGAGACUUUGACAGCUAUCGCUUCCUGUACAACACCAUUCCAGGUGGUGGUCAGAGGGAACUCAGAGUGCCUAAAUCAGACACUAAAGUGGUGAUCACAGACUUCAGCUCCUCUAAAGAUUAUGUAGUGAGCAUCAUCGCUGUCAGUGGCAGCCAGCAGAGCAGACCACUUCAGGGCAGGUAUAAAGCUGAUGGUGGUAGCCCCGAUGGAGGGGAGGAGACUCAGCCACAAAGGCUGAAGGAGUCAGCUGUUCCUCCUGAGGACGCCAACGAGAUCUCUGCAGUGGAUCCAUUUGUGUGUCACACCCAGGCCAUAGCGGACAUAGUGAUCCUGGUGGACGGGUCCUGGAGUAUCGGGCGGAUCAACUUCCGGCUGGUCCGCAUGUUCCUGGAGAACCUGGUCAAUGCCUUCGACGUUGGCAUCGACAAGACACGGAUAGGUCUGGCUCAGUACAGCGGUGAUCCCAGGAUAGAGUGGCAUCUGAACGCCUUCACCACUAAAGAGGCUGUCAUUGAUGCAGUCAAGAACCUGCCGUACAAAGGAGGAAACACUCUAACAGGCCUUGCACUGACAUACAUCCUGGAGAACAGUUUCAAGCCGGAGUCUGGAUCGCGGUUUGGCGUACCCAAGAUUGGGAUCCUCAUCACGGACGGGAAGUCCCAGGAUGAUGUCAUACCGCCUGCCGAGAGCCUGCGAGAGGCCGGGGUUGAGCUGUUUGCUAUUGGUGUGAAGAACGCUGAUGAGAAUGAACUGCGCUCCAUCGCCUCAGAGCCCGAUGAAGGUCACGUUUACAAUGUGGCUGACUUCAGCAUCAUGAGCUCCAUAGUAGAGGGACUCACCAGGAUAGUGUGUGAACAAGUAGAGCUGCAGGACAAGGACAUCAAACAGAGACAGACGCUGGAGGAGCCAGAGAUGGGUCCGCCCUCUGACCUGCUGACAUCAGAGGUCACCGCCAGGAGCUUUCGCGUCACAUGGAGCCACGCCCCUGGACACGUAGAGAAAUACAGAGUGGUUUAUUACCCAGCUCAGGGAGGCAAGCCCGAGGAGGCUGUAGUGGAUGGCAGCGAGAGCUCGGUGGUGUUGCAGCAUCUUAGCUCCCUAACUGAGUACCAGGUGGCUGUGUUUGCUGUGUACACCAGCGAGGCAAGUGAAGCGCUGAGAGGGUCAGAGACGACGUUGGCCCUCCCCACAGUGACAGGCCUCCAGCUGUUUGAUGUGGGCCGCAGCACCAUGAGAGCAAGCUGGGACAGCGUGGAGGGAGUGACAGGCUACAUGCUGCUCUACGCACCCCUCACAGAGGAUGGAGCCUCCGAGGAGAAAGAGGUGAAGGUCUCAGAUUCAGUGACAGAACUGGAGCUGGAAGGUUUGAUCCCAGACACAGAAUAUACCGUCACUGUCUACGCGAUGUAUGGAGAGGAGGCCAGUGAUCCUGUUACUAACCAGGAAACUACAUUACCACUGAGCCCUCCCAGGAACCUCCAGUUCUCUGACAUCACACAUAACUCCGCCCACAUCAGCUGGGACCCCGCCCCCAGAGGGGUCAAAGGUUACCGCAUCAUGUGGGUCAAGACAGAUGGACUUGUCACUGAAGAGGUGGAGGUGGGUCCAGUGAACUCCUACGACCUCAGUGAGCUGACCUCUCUGAUGGAGUACUCAGUGGCCAUUUUCUCUGUGUAUGACGAAGGCCAGUCAGAGCCGCUCACUGACGGAUUCACAACCACUCCAGUUCCUGGCCCACUGAAUCUGCGCUCGAGUGACGUCACCCCAGACAGCUUCCAGGUCAGCUGGGAGCACUCGGCUGAUGACAUCGUGCUCUACAAGCUCUCCUGGGCUCCGUUCUCAGGAGGUGACACAAUGGAGGUGGUUUUGAGUGGAAGUGAAAAUAUCUACACUCUGACUGGUCUCAACCCCUCGACUGAGUAUGAAGUCAUGUUGACAGCUGUGUUCAAAGACGAGUCGGAGAGUGACACCGUCUCUGUCAUCGAGACCACACUGGCCUGGGCAACAACAGUUGCUACAACAACUUCAGUGGCGCACCAGGCGGUGAGAAACCUUCAGCUGACUGAUGAGACCACCCAGAGCUUAGAGGCAUCAUGGGAGCUGGACGACCCCCAUGUGGAGAGCUACAGGGUUUCUUAUACCGGCCUCAGGGGCGACCGCAAAGAGGAAUCGGUGUUAAUUCCUGGUGGUCAGAGGAGAGCCGUUCUGCAGUCUUUGCUAUCAGACACCCAGUACAAAGUGACAGUCACACCCAUCUACACAGACGGACAAGACGGCAUCAGUGCUUCUGCCCUGGGAGCCACAUUGCCCCUCUCGUCUCCUAGCAACUUGCGUGUGUCAGAGGAGUGGUACAACCGCUUCAGGAUCACCUGGGAUCCACCACAGGCUCCCACCGUGGGGUCUAGGAUAGUCUACCAGCCUAUUUCUGUUCCAGGACAGGUUCUGGAAACAGCGGUGGGCGAGGAUAUGAACUCCGUGCUCCUUCUGAAUCUCCUGAGUGGGACGGAGUACAGCGUCCAGGUGACGGCCUCGUACCCGGCGGGGGAGAGCGAGCCGCUGCUGACCACUGGGAAGACAUUAUUCCUCGGUGUCUCUGGCUUGUCGACCUACCAGGUGCGUCCCAGCAGCAUCUGUGUGCAGUGGCAGCCUCUUCCACACGCCACACUGUACAGAGUGGCCAUACAGUCAACACUCAACGGUCAGAGGCAGGAAGUGAGCCUUGGAGGCGGGGCUUCCCGGCAGUGCUUCUACGACCUCACUCCCAGCAGCCAGUACCAGAUCAGCAUUCACACCCAGAUCCAGGAGACGGAGGGACCUGCUGUCUCCAUCACGGACAUGACAUUACCAGCUCCCACCCAGGCUCCGACUGAACCCCCCGCCACACAGCCUCCUCCCACCAUCCCCCCUGCUAAAGAGGUGUGUAAGGAGGCCAAGGCUGACCUGGUGUUCCUGGUGGAUGGUUCCUGGUCCAUUGGAGAUGACAACUUCCUGAAGAUCACACGCUUCCUCUACAGCACCAUGGGAUCACUGGAUCUGAUUGGACCGGACGGCACACAGGUGGCCAUUGCUCAGUUCAGCGACGAUGCACGGACAGAGUUCCAGCUGAGUUCCCAUGGCAACAAGGAAGCGCUGCUGGAGGCCAUCCAGAAGAUCAGAUACAAGGGAGGAAACACCAAGACAGGCCGGGCCAUCAAACAUGUGAAGGAGUCCAUUUUCACUGCAGAAGGAGGGGCCAGAAGGGGCGUUCCCAAGGUCUUGGUGGUCCUGACCGAUGGUCGCUCCCAAGAUGAUGUCAACAAAAUCUCCAAGGAGAUGCAGAUGGAGGGCUACAUUAUCUUUGCCAUUGGCUUUGCGGAUGCGGACUACGGGGAGCUGGUGAACAUCGCCAGUAAACCCAGCGACAGACACGUCUUCUUCGUGGAUGAUUUGGAUGCUGUAAAGAAAAUAGAAGAGCAGCUCAUUACUUUUGUCUGUGAGGCUGCUACUGCCACCUGUCCGUCUGUUCUGAUGAGUGGCAACACAAUGACAGGCUUCCGUAUGAUGGAGAAGUUUGGCCUGGUGGAGAAGGAGUAUAGCACCGUGCCAGGAGUUUCUCUGGAGCCAGGUUCAUUCAACAGCUUCCCCUGUUACCGGUUACACCGAGAUGCCCUGGUGUCCCAACCCACCAAGUACCUCCAUCCAGAAGGUUUACCCUCUGACUACACCAUCUCUAUGAUGCUCCGCCUACUUCCUGAGACCCCACAGGAGCCCUUUGCAUUGUGGGAGAUUCUCAACAAGGACAACGAGCCACUGGUGGGACUAAUCCUGGACAACUCUGGAAAGACCCUGACGUUCUUCAACUACGACUACAAAGGAGACUUUCAGACCGUUACUUUUGAGGGACCUGAAAUCAAAAAGAUCUUCCAUGGCAGCUUCCACAAGCUCCAUGUAACCAUCAGUAAGACGUCGGCGAAGGUGGUGUUGGAUUGCUCUGCAGUUGGAGAGAAAGCCAUCACUGCAGCUGGGAACAUCACCAUCGACGGCGUGGAGAUCCUGGGACGGAUGGUCCGGUCCAGAGGCAGGCGGGACAACUCUGCUCCGUUCCAGCUCCAGAUGUUUGACAUCAUCUGCAGUACAUCCUGGGCCAGCAGAGAUAAGUGUUGUGAACUGCCAUCACUGAGAGUUGAGGAGCAAUGCCCUCCCAUGCCUCAUGCCUGUACCUGCUCACAGGAGAGCAAGGGACCUCCAGGACCCUCCGGACCCCCUGGCGGCCCAGGCAUCAGAGGAGCCAGAGGAGAUAGAGGAGAGCCAGGAGUGACGGGACCUCAAGGGCCAGUGGGAGAAAGUGGCCCUCCUGGACCCCAAGGCCCCCCUGGUCCUCAGGGGCCCAGUGGACUCUCUAUACAGGGACCCCCGGGGGCUGCUGGAGAGAAGGGAGACAGAGGAGAGAUUGGUCUGCCAGGACCGAUGGGUGUCCCUGGAGGCCCGGGCUCACCUGGGAGAGACGGUGCACCAGGAGCGAGGGGUCUGCCCGGUAAAAAUGGACCACAGGGACAGCAGGGACCUCCUGGACCCAUAGGAGCCCCAGGAGCCCCAGGAGCCCCAGGACCGGGUGGGCCUGCAGGGCCCCACGGAGAUCAAGGCCCUCCUGGUCCUGCUGGUACCAAAGGCGAUAAGGGGGAGAGAGGUGAUGUACAAUCCCAGGCUGCAGUGCGGGCCAUUGCACGGCAAGUGUGUGAGCAGCUCAUCCAGAGUCACCUGUCUCGUUACAACUCCAUCCUGAACCAGAUCCCGAGCCAAGCGGCCGUGUCGAUCCGAACGGUGCCAGGACCACCUGGAGAGCCGGGCAGGAGGGGGGGCCCAGGGCCUCAGGGAGAGCAAGGCCCGCCCGGCAGGCCAGGCUUCCCUGGCACCAACGGCCAGAACGGACGACCGGGAGAGAGAGGACUCCCAGGAGAGAAGGGAGAGAGGGGGAGUUCAGGGGUUGGACAUCAGGGACCCCGAGGACCAUCCGGACCCCCAGGCCUACCAGGUGAAGGAAGGACGGGCAGUCAGGGCCCCCCAGGCAGGCCCGGUAGCCAGGGGACGCCGGGGAGACCGGGGACUCCAGGUUCCACAGGACCCGCCGGCCCACCAGGCUACUGUGACCAGAACUCCUGUCUGGGAUACAACGUCGGAGUCCAGCCGUUGCCUCACGGCGGCUACCAGCCCUACAACCCUCCCUACAACCAGCCUUACAACCCCGCCGCAGUGGCUUACAACAACGACCAAGGAGACGAAGAGGAGGAGGAGGAAGAGGAGGAGGAGGACGCAGAGCGAGAUCCAUAUUACCGCGGUUACCCCCCUCAGUACUACCCCCGGCAGCCUUCCCCCCACGGCUACCGUUCAAGCCCCGCCCACUACGAGGACGUGGAGCUGAGGUCCCCAGGUGUCGCCAGGAGGUUUUCGCGUGACGUGAUCGGAAGAGAGAGCAGGGGCGGCGGCGAAGUGGUCGUCAUGGAGGAGAGCGAAGAGGGAGGACUUUAGAGGAAGGAUGGACUCACCUCAAGUGCUUGAGCCCUGCACACCGACACACACACACACACACACACACACACACACACAUACAGAUGCCGACAGGAACAUGCACAUACGCAAAAACACAUACACACUUCAGUCCAAAUGGAAACUCCCCCCCAGCUGAAACUGUGGUGAGAGCCCCCACCCCUCUCCGUGUAUCCCAGAUUUCUCCACCAGGUGAAACGAUGUAAAUAGCUCUGUGGACUCUUGUACGAUAUCUCUGUUAAAGGGGGGUCCGAAAAGUGCCUGAUUUAUGUUAGUACUGUCAAGUGGCAAUGUAAAGGUAACAGAAUUUCUGCCCAUCCACAGCUGAUUUCAGGACUAAACCCUUUUUAUUAUUAUUUUAUUUUUUUGUGAAGUUGCAUGUCACCUUUGAGCCAACCAUUGAGUGUCUAACUGGAUGUGUGCAUCUUGUUUUUGGCUGUAUGUAGCUGGCUAGUUUCUUUUUAGAGUUUAGAUCACUGAAGACAAUGAACUGAUACCAUUUGUACGAGCUGCUUUUUAUAAUGAUCGAUCAUCUGUUCCCCCCCUGCAGCCAUGCUGUUUUGAUUUCGAUGUGACAAACAGUUAGAAUGUUUCCCAAGUGUUUUCUCACUACAGUAUUUGUCGAGUAGCUUCACUUUGCCUACUUUCUGGCUGGAACCCCCGCCCCCCCGCCGCCCUGCAGAAAGACUGUGUCAACUGCUCCAAGUUUGUGUCAAAUUUUAACAUUACCUAAACACUGUGGAACCCAGCAUAAUUUUUUUUUUGUAUGAUUUUCAUUCAUUGAGAAAAUCCAGCAACCAUCACACUUUGUCCGUGACACGUUUACUGUUGUUAGAUAUGAUCAAAAAAGAAAUUAUGUUCAUGAGUAAGAAGUGUGCUGAAUUGAAAAAGCAAAUCUAUGUUGUUCAUUUCUUGUCUUGCCGCCCCAUUUUUGUUUUUACUGUCGUUUGUUUAUUGUUCUUAUGCAAAGUCAGGCAUGUGCACUGUGGACACUGUUAGCUCAUUGGUUGAGGCUGCAAUUUGACCUCUGACCUCUGUUGGAACAAGACCUGGAUCCAGUUAUUAUUUAAAAAGUAUGACAAGUAAAUAAAGUCAGCUGCUUCUCUGGGAUCAAGUGAAGCUUUUGACUCUCUGGGGAGCCGACUGGAUUGACCAAAAAGUGUAAACUCUGCCUUCGUUGCACUGCAGUCAGAUAAAGCACUAAAAAUAACAAGAUUAGGUGGUACCUGACCCGGCUCUGUUUGGGUUUGAAGUUGUCAAACUUAAGAACAAUUCCCUGUGGAAUGUGUCUCACCACCAAACCCCCUUGGUACAGUAUGAACUUAUUUAUUUUCUAUUUUGUUUGCUUUUAUAACCAAUAAACCUGUAAUGAGACUAUGAAAUUGCAUUUUAAGUUGUGUUUAACUGGUCAUGUUGGUCAAAAUGAGGCAAUCUAUCUUUCAUGAGUUUCUACAAUAUCCCUUGACUUAUUCUCUUAAUAAGACUGAUUUACAAGAAUAGGCUCAUUAUUUGUUUAUUAGGUUUACAAUGUAUGCAAAAAGCACUGAUUUAUAUUUUGACAUCAUCAUGGAAAUUUCACAUCACUGACAACAUGAUAAAUAAAAACUCAAAAGGCUUGGAUUCCCUGAAGCAUCUUUGCCAAAGUUGAUGACCACUGUACUGAAAACCAAUUGAAGGAAGUGGACCUGAGCACCGAUGGUGUGGUCGUGGUUUUACCGUGAUCUCACCACGUUUCACAGGCUGGACAGCUGGAACAGAUGUCACUGCAUCUUUAUUGGCCAGAUCUGAUCGUCUCAUGGAUGCAUAAUGACAGAAAAACCCUGUGGAAUCUAAGUUUUUCCCUGAUCUGUGCUGUGCCACAAAAAAACAAAAAACAAAAAAAA